AUGACGGACAGAUCGAUUCUGCGCACCGUAGAUAACGGCUCAGUGUAUCACAAAUUUUCGUAUGAACUCUCGAUCAUCACUGAUUCUUUUUCGCCUCUGAACGUACCUGAGGUUACCUUUUUUUUUUCUUCUUUUCUUUCAAUGACAUUCGAUUUUGGGGUAAUCAUUAAGGUCUGCAGAUUUCAAGACAUAAAGAGAGAUUUUGAUGACAGUCGCUGCUUCAUAAAGCAUUUCAGUUUGCUCAUAUCUAUCUAUCUAUCUAUCUAUCUAUCUAUCUAUCUAUCUAUCUAUCUAUCUAUCUAUCUCAGUCUGUUCAGAUCUAUCUAUCUAUUUCUCUCUCUCUCUCUCUCUCUCUCUCUCUCUCUGUAUCUAUCUAUCUAUCUAUAUGUCCCAAUUUGUUCGUAUCUAUCUCUGUUCAUAUCUAUCUAUCUGGCCACCUCGGCGUGCAACGCUAAGAAAAUUACCAUUUUCUAUCUAUCUAUCUAUCUAUCUAUCUAUCUAAGUAUGUGCAGAUCUAUAUAUCUAUUUCUCUCUAUCUUUCUACAUGUCCCAGUUUGUAUCUAUGUCUGUUCAUAUCUAUUUAUCUGGGCACCUCGGUGUGAAAAUCACCAUAUCUAUCUACCUCAGUCUGUUCGUUAUCUAUCUAUCUAUCUAUCUAUCUAUCAGUUUGUUCGUAUCUAUCUUUGA